CCGCCCGCCCUUCGUGUCCAGCGGCCGCCCCGUCGUCACCGUGCUCGACUUCCCCAGCACCAUCGCCUCCCCGCCCGUGCUCGUCGUGCAGCGCCCGGUGUUCGGCGAGGAGGACGAGCUGAGCAGCCCGCCGCAGGCCGUGGUGCCAGCGGGCAUCGUGCAGUCGACGCAGCCGCGCCCCAUCCAGAGCGUCUUCUCCAACAGCAAAGACAACGAGUUCCUGCAGCAGAUGCGCGACCAGGCGGCGCUCAACGCGGCGGCGGGAGGCAGCGGCGGUGGCGGCGCUGGCAGCAGCGGGAACGGCGUCGACGUGCAGCUCGCGGACUACGACAAGAUCGUCGAGGGCGCAAUCUGCGACCAAUACAGAGACGACUGCAACCUACAGAAAAAAAGAAAACUCUCCAGAACCCCCAAGACAUUGAAGCCGCAACGACGCGGGGAGUCAGUGAAGGCAGAGGCGGCCAGCUCUUCUCGAGCGCUGCGGCGCAG